GAAGUAAAUACUAUCAAGAUGACGAGGGCAGGUAAAGGGAACCUCAAUGUUGUUGAGGAGUUAUACAGCCAGAUACCAGCAUUCACUGAUGUCUUCUCUGAAGACACAUUCUACAUAUUUGUUGUUUUCUUUGUUUUGUCAACAUUAAUGGUUGCCUUUAUUUUGUCUAAGUUCAUCACUAUCAAACCUGUAGAAUAGUAUGUAUAAAUAGGUAUUUAUUGUGUAUAAAAUUAUCUUAAAAGUUUAAAAUGUAUUCAAAUACAGCUAAAUAAAAAGUUUUUUUUUCUCAUUUCUGUAUUAAUAUAAUUCUGGCUCAACAAC